AUGUCCUUUCGAGCUCUACUACGAACGUACUCAUGCCGACGCCAUACCCGUCUGCUCUACCGCAGUCUAGCAACAGCGCCCAACCAUGACCAGUCCGACCCUUGGCUCAUCCGGAACAUCGCACUCCUCGCGCAUAUCGAUUCUGGCAAAACGACGCUUACAGAGUCGAUCCUGCAUGCUUCUGGACAUCUCGCUGCUCCUGGAACGGUAGAUACAGGAAGUACGACGACGGACUUCCUUCCCGCUGAGCGAGAGCGCGGGAUCACUAUCCAGAGCGCGAGUAUUCCGGUUCGGUGGAAAGGAUGGAGUUUUAACCUUGUUGACACACCGGGGCAUGCGGACUUUGGCAUGGAGGUUGAGAGUGCGAGCAGUGUUGUAGAUGGAGCUGUCGUGUUGAUCGAUGCCGUUGAGGGGGUUGAGGGACAGACUAAAGGCGUUUGGGCACAGCUGGACAGGAAUGGCGUUGCUACACGCUUGGUGUUCCUCAACAAGCUCGACCGGGUUGGUGCAUCUCUCCGCGGUUCCCUCCUCUCCCUGCUUGAGCACCGGCUACACCGAACACCGCUACUGGUCUCUCUCCCUCUCGCUUCUGCCUCUUCUCAACACUACCAGCUCGCCGAGCCAGGAAUUACAGGGCUUGUAGACCUCGUAUCCCUCGAAGCGUGGUACUGGGACACCCCCGACACUGAAGCGGGUAACGCCCACCAGAUAACGCUGGACCCGGCCCUGUUGAGCAAAGGACAAGUACAGGCGCCGUUCGAGGAUCCUGAGCAUCCCUUGCUGCAAGAGAUCCUCCCUGCGCGGACAAAACUCAUCGAGAGCCUUGUUGACGGGAGCGAACCGCUCAUGGAUGAACUGAUGCGCCUCUCCGACGACUCAGACCCUGUUUCGCCGUACCUUCGCAUCCCUGGGAGCAGUAUCAUGCCCGCACUGAGGAGCGCUGUCCUCCGGGAAGAGGUGCUUCCCGUGCUUGCUGGAAGCGCAUGGAAGCAUAUCGGCACGCAAAUGCUGAUGAACUUUGUUGGCGAGCUGCUUGCAAGUCCCGUGGAUGUCGAACAAAAGGAAGAAAAGAGGGAGCGAGAGAAGGGGGGGGAAGCGCUGACGAAGGCGGCGCGAGAGGAGGUCAAAGUGAUGGCUUGGAAGGUCGGGUGGGAUAAGAUGAAAGGGUGGAUGACGUUCGUCCGCGUAUACUCGGGUACGCUGACUCGAGGCGCCACGCUUUGGAAUACGACUACAGGAGAGAAGGAGCGCGUGGCGAAGCUGAUGUUGAUCUACGCCGACCAGUCCGUGGAGGUUGACAACCUGCCCUUCGGUUCGAUUGGCGUCGUACUCGGACUCAAGCAUACCCGCACGGGCGACACACUGGUCUCAAAUCUCCGGACUCGGGCGCCUCUGCGCGCCAUCACCCCUCCUCCCUCGGUGAUCUCGGCUAGCGUCGUCCCUGCCACGAGAAACGACACGUUCCCGGUGCUGGAGGCGCUGGCGUCACUCUCGCGCACCGACCCGAGCGUGCGAAUAUCAGAAGAUGAAGAGGAGGCACAGACGCUCGUGCAUGGUCUUGGGGCGCUGCAUCUCGAAAUCGUGGAGUCAAGGUUACGGGACGAGUGGGGUGUCGCAUGCGCGUUCGGGCGGAGGAGGGUGAGCUACCGCGAGGGCUUCUUCGGCCUCGAGCCGCGAAGGGUGGAGGAGCACUGGCAGCGAGAUGCAGGAGGGAAGCGAGUGGGCGCAUUGGUGGUGUUGAACGUGCGCAGUUUGAAAGAGCAGGAAGGAGAGAAAGACGACCCACAGUGGACGGGCAAUGCUGUGGUAUACAACAAUGAGCCGCUCGCCCCACCUGCGCAUGAGAGUUCCAGUCUCGACCCGCUGUUCCAUGUCGCCCAAGGAAUCCAGACUGCGCUUACCGGCUCGCCUCAUUCUUCUCUCCCAGUCAUAGGGCUGCAUAUCACCCUCGAGAGCGUUAAACUCGACUAUGGUUCCCCGCCGUCUGUUGCUGCCUCUGCGGCGUCCUUCGCCCUGCGCAAAGUGCUGAAGGACGCUGGGCGAGGAGAGAUCAGAGAGCCAUAUAUGGCUGUGACGGUGCAUGUAUGCGAGGAGGAUGUAGGGAAGAUAGUGAAAGACUUUGGAGAAAAAGGCGGAGAAGUGCAGGAGCUGGGUGCGAAUGCCGAGGCUGAAGACACUUACCCGACCGAGGGGAUCUACGUCCCUCCUGCAAUCCUUACCCCUUCGGCGAUGCCUAGUGAAGAUGGUCAGGGGACGAUUAGGAUGAAACGAACUGUCCAAGCUGUGGCACCGCUCAGCAAGCUUCUGGACUAUAAUAGCCGGCUGAGAGCGCUCUCUGGAGGACAGGCGUCAUUUGAGAUGGCUGCAGAUGGAUUUAGAACGGUCAAUGAGGCCCGGCGUUUGGAGAUCUUGCGCGAGAUUGGCCGCGCCUACUAGCGAGCGCGGCACGAGAUGGGGGAAGUGAA